AUGCAGGGAUAAUAGAAUUCAACGAUAUGUAUAGUAAUUAUACUUCAUUGUUGGUAUAUGAUGGUUAUUUAUAUAUUGGAUGUUUAAACGGUAGUACUCAGGAGGGAUAUUUGCUCAAGAAAGACGCAUCUCUGAAAACUAAUGGUGGUACCGAUACUUUAUUAGUAUCUCCACCCGGUUAUUAUAUGAAAAAUAUAAUGCAGAAUAGAAACGAGAUAUAUGUGUGUGGUUCACAUGAAACUGAAACUGGUACUGAGAGGAAUCCUAAGCUGUAUAAAGUCAAUUCGGGUUUUUCUUCCUCAACCAAAAUAAAAGGUCAAUAUAAGUGUCCUUUUCGACCUCAACAUUUUGCAGCAGCUGUUUUUGAUUCAGGUGGUAAAUUUUAUUCUGCUGCUCAGUAUGAAAAUCUUGGUGCUUCAGGAAUUUCUCAAAGUCAGUCAGUAAACGAUACUCCGAGCUUACACUCUGUUAAUGAUGAUAAAUGGAUAUAUAAAUCACCAGAUUAUUUUGACGCGUAUCACAUUGAACACACUUCAGAAAUUUAUAUUUUCUUUCUUGAGCUUGCAUAUGAAAAUGUAAAUCAGUUUCCUGAAAAGUAUCCACGUGUUGGUAAAGUGUGUACUCAAGACAAUGGUGGCCCCACUAAUACGUUGAACGAUAAAUUCACCAGCUACCAGAAAGCCCGUCUAAGUUGUGAAUUCGAGGGCAAUGCAUACAAUACACUAAAGAGUAUAUUUAAGGUUGGAUCAAAUGGAAAUGAAGUUUUCUAUGGUAUAUUUGUUGAAGAUAUGGGUGGCAUUUCUGUUGUGUGCUCAUACAGUGUAGAUGACAUUAGAACUGUACUUACCAGCGAAAAAUAUAAGAAUUUGCCAUCGACUGGAAAAUUGUGGGUGGCUGAGAAUUAUAAUUCUGAUCCAUAUCCGGGAGAGUGUGAUGACGACAGCAAAAACAUACCAGAAACAACCUUGAAUGCUCUCAAGAGUCAUCCAUUGAUGUGGGAUUCAGUGCCUUCCAUAGAAUCACAGACAACAGAUUCACUGCCAUUGUUGACAUCAGAGGGGCUUGGAAAACAGUUUACGAAAAUUUUAGUUGCCGAAGUACCAGAUAUAGCUGGCACAAUACAUAAAGUUAUGUACAUUGGAACAGAUCAAGGAACUGUUAUUAAAGCUUUGUAUGGUGAUCAGGCUGCAUACAAGUAUAUUAUAACUGAGUUUAUUGUUGACGAGGAUUCAAGGGAUGUUUUGAUUAUGACAAUGUCUGAUGAGUCACUGUAUAUUGCCUUUGACGACAAAGUAAUACAAGUACCAAUGCAGUUUUGUGAUAGAUAUACGAAUUGUUAUUCCUGUGUGGCAGCCAGAGAUCCACACUGUUCAUGGGAUACAGAAAGCAGUACUUGUGUAACUGGAGGUGAUGAUACGGGUAAUCUCAUACAAGAUGUUCCUGGAGGAAAUGUUGCACUUUGUUCAGUUCAACCUAAUGAUAAACCACUAGACAAAUGUGUAAAAAAGGUUCCCCUGGAUAGUGCAGUAAUUUUUGAUUGUAAAGUUAUGGGUGCCAUAUUUAUGAAAGACGGUGAUGAAAUAACAGUAGAUGGAGUCAAGUACAUUAGACUGAAUGGUGUUGGGUUACUUAUCACAAACUUCAAGGAAUCUGAUAGCGGAGUGUACAGUUGUACAGUUGGUGGUGAGAUUGUUGCAGAGUGUUGGCUCAUAUCAGCAAAUCAGACUCUCUCUACAAAUGUUCCAGAAAUCCACAAUCUGAAUUUAGGACCAGAGAACAUCACCUACCCAGAAAAUACUACUGUGAAUCUGUAUUGCAUGUUCACUGGAUGUUUUGAUACAGAAUACAGAUGGUUAAAUAAAGAUGGUAUUGAAGUAAUAGAAACAGGUUCUGUGAUGUUGGAGAGUGAUUGUGCAGCUAAUAAUGAAUCGAAAAUUAUAAGCUGGCUGGAAGCAAUAGUUGGAGAAGAAACGCAAACUUACACAUGUGAAGUUGAUCAUGUCACAAAGGUUUUUGAAAUAAAACCAGGAGCAAUUGAAAAUGAUGCCAAUUGUAGAAAAGAUCACAUGCAAUGGGAAAUAGAUUAUUAUGAUGAGAUAAAGAAAUUGAAUGACUGGCGCCAACAGGCUAAUUGCACUGAUGAAAACGAUGAUAAGAUAGAGAUUAAUAGUUGUGAAAUGAAAGAUUACUGCGGCAUCCCUUAGAUAUCCCAGAGAAGAGACUCAUGGACUCUUCUGCAAUAUACCGUAAAACCAUUAAUUUUGUUAUUUUCAUUGUUUUUCUAGCAAAUUUAAACAACAUCUAAUAUUUUUACUGUUUACAUCUUGCUUAAAAUAUUUGCAUUGUCCUAAAGAAC